AUGGGAGUAAAUUUGGGUCAAGACGUUGAAAAUGAAGCCAAACAAUGGGCCGAGUACGUGCAGCUUCUGAAGAACACGACGGAUUCGAUGCACGAGAUUUGUGCAGCUAGAAGGAAUGUGUUUGGAUGUCAGGUGGAUAACUUUAAUAUUUUGGUUGUUUUUAGUAUAAGAAUUGAUCUUACAGCGGAUUCUGAUGGGAGCGGUUAAAUAUGACAUUGUUAACACUGCCUUAGAAAAUAACAAAAAUGUGGGUUUCGUGGCAAUAAAGAAAAUAAAUAACUUUUGAAAUCCAAUCUUCUAUGACAAGAAAACAACGGUAAAAGCGUUCUGCACGUUAAAACGGCGGAUUACGCAGCAAGCUUAUGUUUUGCGUGCUCACCGUUUCUUGCAUGCCACAGUUUUUUAAUUGUUAAACUGGUGUGAUAUUGCUAUUAAUACUAUGCGGAGUAUAUUUUUAUAUUAUAAUGUGUUGUUUAGGAAGCUUUAAUGUACCUGACAAAUGCAGUUCGAGACUUCGAAGCUUUGAUAUCGACCAUCAAAGUAGAAACGGAAUGGGAAAACUUGGAAAAGUAAGUGAAUUUUACAUAAAUAACCUUUUUUAGGAAAUAUAUAUUUAAAUUUAUUAAAAAUUAUCUGGCUUAUCUUAAAAUUUUCUUUUUUAGUCGACCACAAGCAUUGGCAUGGGAAGUAAAAGGUGUACCUAACAGAAAAACAAAGUAAGUAGUACUGAUUUGGUUUUAUUAUAAUUUUAGGGAAGUGAAGAUCAAUGGAAAAGCCGAAGACUUAAGUAACGGAAUUUCAAAUGUAAGAUUUUUGAUAUAACUGAUAUUUCAUGAAUUUUCUUUCUGAAAAUAUACGUUUUUAGACUACAAUAAAAUGACGUAUUAAUUAAACAUUGUAUCUUUCAGAAACCGAAUGUUUUGUACUCUAAAAACAACAAGGAAAAUCAGGAAAGGUUUCGUGUAGCUCAGCCUAAGAGUGCCAUGGACAUUCCACAAACUAAGUCAAGCAUGGCCAAGAUUGCAUACUCUCGACAACUUUUAUGGCAACGUCACAAGAAGUUGCUGACUGAAAAGUUGACUGUGAAGCGUCGACAACAACGUGAUGUGAUUUUAAGACGAAAAAGCAUGCCUGUACUUGGUAACAAGACGAAUAUCACGCAGAAUAUGGAGACCAACCUAGAAUCUAUUCAUGAAGAAGACCGUAACACUUCUGAUUCCUGUUCAAUGAAAACUCAAGUUGGCUACUAUUCAAAGUCAGAGCCUCAGGGAAUUGUCGACUUGAAUAUGUUUGAAGAUGACGAAUGGAAAGCAUUGACGGAAGAAGAAGAAUCUUUGGCACAUGAAGAAGCCAGCUUACAGAAGGAGAUUGAAGACGAAGAAAGUAUUUUGAUUGACGACGAGAUUCAGAAUGUGGUAUUGGAUUUCAGCGACUUGGAACGAAGCCAGGGGACAAGAUGGAAGGCUGUAGUUGAUAGGUGGGAUAUUAACAAUGAAACAGAAGUUAAAACGGCUGAAACCAAGUAUCCACAACCUGGAGAUACUGCAAGAUUACAUCAAAGGCUACUGUCACCAUUGAGGAAGAAGUAAGAACGUUUUUGUUAGUUUUUAUAGAGUAAUCGUAUUGUUUCAUAUUCGCAUUGAGUAAUAUAAAUUUAAGGAAGUACGAUAUGGAUGUUAUGAUAGAACGGCAACAGAAAGCUGAGGAAAUGAGAGCAGUUUUGCGGGAUCGAAAGGCCGAACGUCUACGGGAACUUCAUCUUAGAGUAACUUAUUUUUUAAUUUUUUUUCUAUUUUUAGGUUUGCUUAAAUUCAAGGUUGAAGGCGGAAAAAUAAUUUAAAAAAAGUUCAGGUUGAAGAAAUCAGUCGAAAACGUAUGGACCUAAUAGAAAAGAAACGGAUUCAUCUUGAACGUAAAAUGGCAAAAGCUACAGAAAAUCGACAGAAGAACAUUGAUUUGGUGGUAAAACAGGCUAAAGACGCGGACCAACGAGUACUGGAAGUGAAUUUUAUAAAUUCACUUGAAGCAGAAAACGUCAAGUUUGGUUUUCAAAUGAAAGAAUUGAGCAGAGAAUACCGAGUUCAAUCUCUUAUGGAUAACAAGAAAGGAGAAAAUAUUAACACGGUCGCUGGAUGUUCAAAUGAGGUGGGCCUUUGGUUUAGGUAGUGUCGUAUUAGAGCGCAAAUAUGUUAUUUGCUAACUUAGUUUAAGUAUCAGCAAUAUUAUAAAAAAAAGUAAAGUUGUUUUUUUUAAUUUAUAAUGGCAGUUUAGACCUUGAAGAAGCCUAAAGACAAGCCUAAAAAUAUGAAGAAGAAAAGACAACUAAAAGAAAAAUUAACCCAGCCUAACCUUAAAACUCAUCGGUCGUCUAUUCUUACAUUUCUGCUCAAAGAACAAGAAGCACCAAGCGAUACGGUUAGUAACAUCAAGUGGAGGUGUCAAUGUGGAACAGGGACUGUGGUAUGUUCGUAUUUUAAAUUUUAAAACGUGUUUAUUGAAUAUUUUUUAAUUUUUGAAAAUGAAUAUAUUCUAGAUGGCUUCAAAUUUUGACAUAUUUGCUCAUUUUGUUUCAAAAGAGCACCUUAUUGCAAGAAAACUUAAUUUGAUGGAUAUCGACUACAAUAUCCUGAGAUCAGAAGUCGAGCAAUGCAUAUUCGAGUGUAGUAUAGAUGAAGCAACUAACAAUAACAACGUCUACAAGGCAAAUAAUGAAGAAGCUAAACAAGCAUUAUGUCUACAAUUAAAAAACAAGGAAGUAUCCUCCAGUAGCAGGUCCACACUAAUAUCGCAGUUGUCUCAGAUCAUGGAGAAUUUGAAUAAGUUGGACAAGAGUUCGGAUUUUUUCGAAAAUGAAAUUACAGAAUGGAAAAGAGCGUUUAGAAAGAGGAGAGAGGCCGAGAAAAACCGGCUGGCAGAAGAUGUUCGAAUUGAAAUACAGAAAGGUUUGAAGAGUUUGUCUACGAUGGAUUCGGAAAGGAUUCUGACGAUGGAUAGGUAAUUUAAAUUUAUUUUUGUAUUUGAGGUAUUUUUUAUGAAAUUGGGGGCUUUUCGGUUUAUGAUGCUUAAAUUAACCGUUACUAUUUUAAAUUUUUACGCUUUCAGGUUUAUUGCCAAAAUGUUCAACUUAAUGAUGGCAUUGUAUGCUACUGAACAACAAAAGUUGGAUUUUGUAUGUUCGAAUGGAAUUGUUGACACAAUAUUCAUCUUAUGUAGAGUAGGAACUGUUCAAAAUGACCUAAAAGAUGGACUCUUGACUAUAAUGUGCUUUAUGGAUUCAUUAUGGGGAACGAUACUAAAAAACGUUCGAAAAGAUGCACAACUAUUCGAGAGAAUUCAAGUUUUUAAUGAACUUACAAUACAAUGUGGAAUAUCGACGGUGAUAUGUAAAUGUAUAAGUGAUACAAGAGAAGAUGUUGACAUUAACAAUGUUGUCGUGACUCCAAUGAAGAUGGGUUCACGAUUCUUUCAAUUUUUGCUUCAGAGCAGCCAAAAGUGAGUAUUGAAUUUUUUUUGAAUAUAUAUAGGGAAAGUUGGUUCUGCAGCGAGAAAAUUUUUUUGUACGUACGCUAUAGAGCCUGAACUUUUAAAUUAAACAUUAAUUUAAUAUUUCUAGGGAAACAAUUAACAAUGCAGAAGUUAUGAACUGCUUAAUAUCCACUAUGUACAGUUCAAUCGUCUCAGCUGAGUCUUUAAGUGUUGCAGUAAAACAAAGAUUGUUAAUGGUAGACGACUUUUGGAACACUUUUUGGACUAAAGAAAGUUUAGAAAAACAAAUUACAAAGGUUGGUCUUUGAAAAUGGUUAUAAAAAAUGUAAAAAUGAUGUUUUUUUUAAAUGUGAAGAUAUAUUUUUGUAAACUUAAAUUUAUGGUUACAUUUUUCAUUGCAGGAAAUGCUAGAAUAUCCUAACAUUGUUCUCAAAAUGACUUUCAUCUUUCGAACUCUUCUCAAUCACAUUCUUUCUCAAGAACUUUCACCCAGCCUAGGCCUAGAACUUCGUGCAAUUUGCUUUGGACUAGCCGCCAUGAUCUCAGUCGACCAAAAACACAAAGUUUUUUGUGUUUUAGGACAAGAAAACAGUAUUGUAACGAUUUUAGCCGACUUAAACUCUAAAAUCUUUCAACCCCCAGACUUGCGCUACUCGAUCCUGGUGACAUUGAUCAUGAUUAUUGAUCAUAAUCUAAAAGCAUUGGAGCUGGUCAAGUCGAGAAUUGACCUGAGCUGGUUUACAGGGUUUUUAAAGGUAAGGACACACAAGGAGUAUAAUAAAAAAUUUUAUUGUGUUUAGUUUUUAUUUGAUCUCAAUGAACUUUCGAUAUUGUUUUUAGGUAAUACUUUAGUUUUAAAAGAAGGUUAGGUGGAAUUUUAAUAUUUUAAAAUAUUUCAGCGGCUCCAAAAGAAAACCCGGCUGGAUGGGGUGGAAAAUCUGAGGUUUUUGCCGUCAGAAUUGAACCUGAUCCUCUCAUUCUUAGCGACCCCUUAA